AACUGGUGGUUGUAGUAUUGUUUUUACGUGUGUUGAUGUAUUGUCGAGUGGGCCUUUCUAAAAACCACGAGCCCGGGUAGAAUUUUCGGAAAAUUAUACCUGCACUUUAGAAAUGAGAGGAGAUAGUCAGCAAGGACUUAACUACUAUGUUGAUAAGGAUGGAAAUGGUGGCAGUGGAGGGAACAGUGGCUGUUAUAUUACUACGGUCACCGGUUUCAUCCUGGUGCUGCUUGCAAUUGCUAUUGCCGUUGGUGUUGGCCUGAUUGUCUUCUUCGCAUCACCUUCUAAAGAACAAAAGUGCAUCUGUGAGUACCCAGAAAUCCCGGAUACUGGCACAACUGCCCCGCUUACAUGGGAAUCUGUCUGCAAGAACCUGACGGAUGCUGGGAAGGACUCGUGUACAAUGGGUCUGCCAUGCCCAAAUGGUCCGGACGUUGGCGGUACAGCUACGACUACGACUACGACUACGGCACCAACUACAAAACCCACCGUUGAUGUACGAUUGCCUACUAACCUACACCCUCACCAUUACAAGGUGGAACUUUACCCUGAUAUGUACAAACAAAACCCUGAAGAUUUUGAGUUCACCGGGAGUGUUGAAAUACUGUUAGAAUGCAAGGAGCCCACUGAUGAAGUUAUUUUCCAUAUAAAAGCGCUAACAAUCGAUGAUGCGUCCAUUGAAUUUAGUGAAGCCAAUGGGGCAGCUGAUGGGCCCAAAAAGCAAGGGCAAUUUGAAGAAGAUGAAGAGAGGCAAUUUUUCAUUCAGAAGUUGGAUAAACCAAUGGUUAAAGGCAAGAACUAUACCAUUAAGAUGACAUUUAGAGCUCCGUUAACAAAGGGUCUAGCUGGUCUUUAUUUAUCUUCCUACGAAGAAGGUGGUGUGACAAAGUACCUUGCCACCACCCAGUUUCAACCGACUGAUACUAGAAGGGCUUUUCCCUGUUUUGAUGAACCUGGGGUGAAAUCAACCUUCGAUAUCACACUUGUGAGGAAAGAAGCAAUGGUCUCAUUGUCAAAUAUGGAAAUCAAACAGACAGAGAAUAGAGCUGGUGGCCUAAAGGCAGAUGUCUACCAAACAACAGUUAUAAUGCCUACUUACCUUUUGGCUUUUGUUGUGUGUGACUUUGACAAAUCUGAAGGUGUUACUACAAGUGGUACAAAGUUUCGAGUGUGGUCUCGAAAAGAGGCAGUAAAUCAGACAAGGUAUGCACUUGGCACAGGAAUAGCAAUACUUGAAUAUUUUGAGGACUAUUUUGAUGUGGAUUUCCCUUUACCAAAACAAGAUAUGAUAGCUGUUCCCGAUUUUGCUGCUGGAGCGAUGGAGAAUUGGGGGUUGAUCAUUUACAGGGAGACGGCAUUGCUCUAUGAUAAUACUGGGUCAUCUGCCUCAAACAAACAGCGGGUUGCAGUUGUCGUCUCUCAUGAACUGGCACAUCAGUGGUUUGGUAACCUGGUGACGCCUGGAUGGUGGGAUGACCUUUGGCUAAAUGAAGGCUUUGCCAGCUAUGUAGAAUAUCUAGGGGUUGACUUUGUACAUCCUGAAUGGAAAAUGAUGGAACAGUUUGUGGUCGAAGAUCUUGAAGAUGUGUUCAAGCUUGAUGGUCUGGCUUCAUCACAUCCAGUUUAUGUCCCAGUAGGCCAUCCUGAUGAAAUAAAUGAGAUUUUUGAUAGAAUAUCAUACGCUAAGGGCGCUUCAAUAAUUAGAAUGAUGAACAACUUCUUGACCGAGGGUACAUUCAGAAAAGGACUUGCGAAUUACUUGAGAGAUAAUGCAUAUGGCAACACCCAUCACACUGACUUGUGGAACUCUUUGACAGAUCAAGCUACAUCAGAGGGUAAAGACAUCAAUGUUGGCGAGAUAAUGAACACAUGGGUGCGUCAGAUGGGCUACCCAGUUGUGACAGUAUCACGAAAUGGGGCGUCAGCAGAGGCUGUUCAGAAACAUUAUCUCCUCGACCCUUCACAAACACCAGAUUCGAAAUAUCCAAGUGCUUAUAACUACAUUUGGAAAAUUCCGCUUAGUUUUACUACAAAAUCUGAAAGUAAUUUCACGGAUCCUCCAAUGAUAUGGAUGAAUGAAGAAACAAAAUCUCUGAAUGAGCUCACGACUGAUACAAAUGACUGGCUUUUGGUGAACGUCAACCAAAUGGGCUACUACAGGGUUGACUAUGAUACAACUAACUGGAACGCCCUCAUUAGCCAAUUAAAAGACAACCACACGGCAAUUCAAGGGAGGAAUCGUGCACAACUCAUCGAUGAUGCAUUCAGUCUUUCAAGGGCAGGCAUCCAUAAUGUCGACAUCACCAUGGCGAUGCAGACAACAAAUUACCUUAUAAAUGAGCGGGAAUACAUACCAUGGUGGGCAGCGAUAGAAAACCUCCGCUAUAUAACCCAGAUGCUCGGCAGCACGGGAAGCUAUGGGGAUUAUAAUAAAUAUAUCUUGGAACAAAUAUUACCUCUUUACGACUUUGUUGGCUGGAAUGACUCCUUGACCAAUGACCCCCAUCUUGAGCAAUUCACAAGAAGUCUGGCUAUAUCUCAAGCCUGUGCCAGGGGAUACCAGGAAUGUAAAGACCAGGCUUCUGAGCUGUAUAAAGAAUGGAUGGAUUCACCUGACGACAAUAAGAUAUCGCCCAACCUGAAGGGUACUGUUUACUGCAACGCUAUAGCGAAUGGAGGAAUAGAGGAGUGGGAUUUUGCCUUCGAAAGGUUUCAGAAUGAAAACCUAGCAGGUGAAAGAGUUCGGCUUCUUCAGGGCAUGGCUUGCUCGACCCAACCUUGGAUUCUCAGUCGGUAUUUAUCAUGGAGUAUUGACGAGAGGUACAUUAGGAAACAAGAUGCUGUGGCAGUAUUGGUAUACAUAUCAAGGAACAGAAUUGGUCUACCACUUGUUUGGGACUUCGUCAGGGCGCAGUGGAAUUACAUAUUUGAUGAGUAUGGAAAGGGAGCCUUCUCAUUCACAAAUCUUAUUAAUGGGAUCACUGAAACAUUCAACACAGACUUUCAACUCCAAGAGGUGAAAAGUUUCAUGGAUGCGAAAGCUGCUAUUAACAAGCUAGGAUCUGGCCAGCGAGCGUUCGAACAAGUUUUGGAAAAAACAACCAGUAACAUCAAAUGGAUGGAGAAUAAUUACGAUAAACUAAAAAUCUGGCUUCAAAACAGUACUGGCCCCGACUUUGGUGGCACAACUACGGCACCAACCACAAAACCAAACAUUGAUGUACGAUUGCCUACUAACUUACACCCUCACCAUUACAAGGUGGAACUCUACCCUGAUAUGUACAAGCAAAACCCUGAGGAUUUUGAGUUCACAGGGAGUGUUGAAAUACUGCUAGAAUGCAAGGAGCCAACUGAUGAAGUUGUUUUCCAUAUAAAAGCGCUAACAAUCGAUGAUGCAUCCAUUGAAUUUAGUGAAGCCAGUGGCGCGGCUGAUGCACCCAAAAAGCAAGGACAAUUUGAAGAAGAUGAAGAAAGGCAAUUUUUCAUCCAGAAACUGGAUAAACCAAUGGUUAAAGGCAAUAACUAUACCAUUAAGAUGGCAUUUAGAGCUCCUUUAACAAAGGGUCUAGCUGGUCUUUAUUUAUCUUCCUACGAAGAAGGUGGUGUGACAAAGUACCUUGCCACCACCCAGUUUCAACCGACUGAUACCAGAAGGGCUUUUCCCUGUUUUGAUGAACCUGGAGUGAAAUCAACCUUCGAUAUCACACUUGUGAGGAAAGAACCGAUGGUGUCAUUGUCAAACAUGGAGAUCAAACAGACAGUGGACAGAGCUGGGGGCCUAAAGGCAGAUGUCUACCAAACAACAGUUAUAAUGCCUACUUACCUUUUGGCUUUUGUUGUGUGUGACUUUGACAAAUCUGAAGGUGUUACUGCAAGUGGAACAAAGUUUCGCGUGUGGUCUCGAAAGGAGGCAGUAAAUCAGACAAGGUAUGCACUUGAUACAGGAAUAGCCAUACUCGAACAUUUUGAGGACUAUUUUGAUGUGGAUUUCCCUUUACCAAAGCAAGAUAUGAUAGCUGUUCCCGAUUUUGCUGCUGGAGCGAUGGAGAAUUGGGGGUUGAUCAUUUACAGGGAGACGGCAUUGCUCUAUGAUAAUACUGGUUCAUCUGCCGCAAACAAACAGCGGGUUGCAGUUGUCGUGUCUCAUGAACUGGCACAUCAGUGGUUUGGUAACCUGGUGACGCCUGGAUGGUGGGAUGACCUUUGGCUAAAUGAAGGCUUUGCCAGCUAUGUCGAAUAUCUAGGGGUUGACUUUGUACAUCCUGAAUGGAAAAUGAUGGAGCAGUUUGUGGUCGAAGAUCUUGAAGAUGUGUUCAAGCUUGAUGGUCUGGCUUCAUCACACCCACUUUAUGUACCAGUAGGCCACCCCGAUGAGAUAAACGAGAUCUUUGACAGAAUAUCAUAUGCCAAAGGCGCUUCAAUAAUUAGAAUGAUGAACAACUUCUUGACCGAGGAUACAUUCAGAAAUGGACUUGCAAAUUAUUUGAAAGAUAAUGCAUAUGGCAACACGCAUCACACUGACUUGUGGAACUCUUUGACAGAUCAAGCUACAUCAGAAGGUAAAGACAUCGAUGUUGGCGAGAUAAUGAACACAUGGGUGCGUCAGAUGGGCUACCCAGUUGUGACAGUAUCACGAAAUGGGGCGUCAGCAGAGGCUGUCCAGAAACACUACCUCCUCGACCCUUCACAAACGCCAGAUCCGAAAUAUCCAAGUGCUUAUAACUACAUUUGGAAAAUUCCGUUAAGUUUCACUACAAAAUCUGAAAGUAAUUUCACGGAUCCUCCAAUGAUAUGGAUGAAUGAAGAAACAAAGUCUCUAAAUGGGCUUCCGACUGAUACAAAUGACUGGGUUUUGGUGAACGUCAACCAAAUGGGCUACUACAGGGUUGACUAUGAUACAACUAACUGGAACGCCCUCAUUGGCCAAUUAAAUGUCAGCCACACGGCAAUCCAAGGGAGGAAUCGUGCACAACUCAUUGACGAUGCAUUCAGUCUUUCAAGGGCAGGCAUCCAUAAUGUCGACAUCACCAUGGCGAUGCAGACAACAAAUUACCUUAUAAAUGAGCGGGAAUACAUACCAUGGUGGACAGCAAUAGAAAACCUCCGCUAUAUAACCCGGAUGCUCGGCAGCACGGGAAGCUAUGGGGAUUAUAAUAAAUAUAUCUUGAAACAAAUAUUACCUCUUUACGACUUUGUUGGCUGGAAUGACUCCUUGACCAAUGACCCCCAUCUUGAGCAAUUCACAAGAAGUCUUGCUAUAUCUCAAGCCUGUGCCCGAGGAUACCAAGAAUGUAAAGACCAGGCUUCCGCGCUGUAUAAAGAAUGGAUGGACUCACCUGACGACAAUAAGAUAUCGCCCAACCUGAAGGGUACUGUUUACUGCAACGCUAUAGCGAAUGGAGGAAUAGAGGAGUGGGAUUUUGCCUUCGAAAGGUUUCAGAAUGAAAACCUGGCCGGUGAAAGAGUUCGGCUUCUUCAGGGCAUGGCUUGCUCAACUCAACCUUGGAUUCUCAGUCGAUAUUUAUCAUGGAGUAUUGACGAGAGGUACAUUCGGAAACAAGAUGCUGUGGCAGUAUUGGUAUACAUAUCAAGGAACAGAAUUGGUCUUCCACUUGUCUGGAACUUCGUCAGGGCGCAAUGGGACUACAUAUUUGACGAGUAUGGAAGGGGAUUCUUCUCAUUCACAAGUCUUAUAAAUGGGAUCACUGAAACGUUCAACACGGAGUUCCAACUCCAAGAGGUGAAAAGUUUCAUGGAUGCGAAAGCUGCCAUUAAUAAACUAGGAUCUGGCCAGCGAGCGUUCGAACAAGUUUUGGAAAAAACAUCAAGCAACAUCAAAUGGAUGGAAAAUAAUUACGACAAAUUAGGAACUUGGCUUCAAGAAAACAGUUAACUUGUAAACAGCAAUUGAGUGGAUCUAUUUGCUCAUUUUGCAUGGAACAAUGAUAUCAUACAAUAAUUGUAUGCAGUGGUAUCUACUGUAUAAGUGCUAGAUUUGUGUGUAACAACGUGAAUAAAUGCCACUUCAAUUAACUGACCGAAGCAAGACAAACACUGCUGUCAAAACUAUAUAAGAAAUAAAUAGACCAUUUAAUUAUAAAAUGGUACCAAAUGCAAGAUGGAGUGACUGAAAAAUUUAUACAGGGUGUUUCAAAUUCAUGAUGAAUGCUCCUCCUCUACCAGAUAACAUACCCCAUUGUUAUAAGCCUUAAUCUCUCCCAGACCGAAAAUGAAUUUUUGAACUUACGUUUGGUAGUCACCCUCAUCCAACUGCUCGAUUAAUGGCUCAUGUUUGUUAUCGAUUUAAUAAAAGGAGCGGAUCCAUCGAAUGUUAUAUUUUGUACAUUAUUACAAUAGAUAAAUUGGUUCUUCCAGGCCUUAAUUGUCGGUUGAGUAGGAGCGGUCAUUAACACCCUGUAUUUGACGUAAAACACAUUCAGAGAAUCAUAACAUUUUCAUUUCUAUAUGUUUCUACAUAUGUUUAUAACUAACAAUUACGUAAAUGAUAAUAACGAAUAACAAUUGAAUAGUCUCAUUCUAAGUAAUUUUCAAAGUCAAAUUUACAUUUUAUAUGGAAAGAGGCAACGAAAUAUAUUAAUCGUAUUGCUGUAUUAUUGCUGUAUUAACUGUAUUGCCACUUAUAUAUACAUGGUGGACCAAAACGGAUUCAUAUUUUCAUUUUGCUAAAACAUUUUGAUGAAGCAUAGGUUUCAAAAUAAUUUAACUGGAGAUGCAGCAGUCGAUUAAACAAUCGUUUUCAAAAAUACAUACUUAUCAUAUAAAGUAAUAUUAUAUGUUGUAUUUGGAUGCGAACUGUUAACAAACAAUAAUAAUGUAUGUAAUUUUGGAGUUACAAUUUUACAAUAAUUGUUGAUACGUCAUUUAAAAA